AGGACCGAGAAGACAGGAACAGAUCAAGACUUGUCCUAGCACAUCAACAGCUCAGAAAAAUGGAAAACACCAGUUUUGGAGCUGAAAACAUGACCGGAGGCACUAUGCAGCAAGAGGGAUUUACAAGCUUUAGGAUCUUUGUAUUAUGCAUUUUCUUUGCUACCUUUGCAGUUGGUCUCAUUGGAAAUGGGCUUGUAAUAUUUCUGACUGGCUGCAGAAUGAAGACGACCGUCAACUCCAUUUGGUUUCUCAACUUAGCGAUUGCAGACUUCCUCUUCAUGUUGUCUUCAAUUGUAGAUCAUCUUUCAACUUUGGGCCAGUUGAGUCUUUACUUCAUGAGUUACAUUGUCAAGAUAUUGUUAACUCUAAAUCUGUAUGCUAGUAUUUUCUUUCUUGUAGUUAUCAGUCUGGACCGAUGCCUGUGCACAUGGUUGGUUGUUUGGGCUCUAAAUAAACGAACUACACUUAAAGCCAAGAUCAUCAGCAUAAUUGUGUGGGUUUCAUCCAUCGGCUGCAGCUUUCCAUCCUUUAACUUUUUUAGGUUUACUUUUACAUUUCUGACAAGAUAUGACUUUACAGUGGCCUUCCUCAUCCCCUUUCUGAUCAUUUCAUCUUCAUACACAGCUAUUGGAGUACGACUCAAACGCCUCAAAAGGGGAAAGCAGCUCAGGUCAUACCGAGUCAUUAUAACUGUAACUCUGGCUUUUUUCAUAUGUUGGUUUCCAUACCAUGCUAUAAAUUUUUGUAUAAUAACCGCAGUAGAAUAUAACUGGAGUGCCAGUCAUAUACAAGUAAUUGAGACAGCAGCAACUGUCAGUAUCUACCUGGUUUAUCUCAACAGCUGUCUGAACCCCAUUCUCUAUGUGUUCAUGUGUGAUGAGUAUAAGAAGAAGCUUAAACAGUCUCUGCUGCUGGUGCUGGAGACGGCUUUUGCUGAAGAUCAUCUGGACUUUAAGACAGACGCAAAAGAACGAUCAGAACAUGAAAACCCAACUGAAUUGUUAGAUAUGUUGAAAACCGGUCCCUAAAUUAUAAACCUGGAUCUAAUCCAGUAUGUUUAUAGCCCUUAUCUAGUAACUUGUAAAAAAAACAGCAACUGCAAAAGUCAUGUUUGGAGCAUGACUGUGUAUAAAGUGUGUUGUAAAACCAAACAAAGAACAUCUCUUCAAGCUAACGAUCUUUAUAUAUGUUUGUGAAACUUCUCAUAAUUUGUCCUGCUGAUUUCUGUUUGAACUUUAUUCUGAAUAAAACCACAGUGUAUCAUAAAAUGUUACCUCCACUGUGUUAAAUACACUGUAAGGGACCGGUGUA